GAUGUGAAACCCAUCUCUCAAUUUGGUUAGUGAAGAACAGUCUACACACAAAUUUCUUACCAAAUCUUUUUAAGACUUUUUCUUCAUUAACAUGAUAUUUAUAGUAUAAUUCCAGUUAUUAACUCUCAUGAAUCUGUUACUGAUCACAUAUAUGAAAUUAUUCUCCUCUCAUCACAACUGAUUCACAAAAAUUAGUAAACUCAGACUAAAAGAAAUGGGAGGUUGUGCUUCGAUUCCAAAAAAUUGCAUUGGAUUUACAUUAUCAUUGAAGAAAAAAAAGCAAAAUAAUGAUAAUAAUAAUAAAACUGACCCAAAAAGAAGUAGAAGGAGACGGAGAAGAAUUAUCAGACGGAGGGUUUCUUCUCAUAAUACUGCCGGACCUGAAUUUGAUGGCCAAGCAGAUCGUUCCUUCACCAAUCCUGCUUUUCAAGGAACUACUGAUGUAGCUGCUUGGUCUGAUGCAACUUCAGUUCUUGAAUCUGAAUAUGAUGAUGAGUUUUACAGUGUUCAUGAAGAUGGAUUUUCAGUGGUUGGGUCAGAGAGUGUACUGAGCAUUUCAUCACCUAGAGAUGUUAAUCAAAAUAACUAUUUUGAAGAGCAUAAUAGAAGUGAGGAUGUGAAAGGUGAGAAUGGUGGAAGUGAUGUGAAUUUAGGGCAAAUGCAGCAGGUGGUUCAAGUUGAAGAGAGUAAUUGUGGGAUUCUGCAAAAUGCUUGUUUGCCUUGUCUUGCUUCAACCGUUUCCUCUAUUGAAAAGAAGAAAUCACUGAGUCCAUCGGGCACGCCUCGGAAAAAGGCUUCUCUUAAACUUUCCUUUAAAUGGAGAGAAGGACAUGCUACUCCCACCUUAUUUUCACCCAAGGCACUUCUACAAAGACCAAUUGCUGGAUCCUCACUUUCAUAUUGUCCCAUAGAGAAGAAAAUGCCCGAUUGUUGGUCACCUAUUGAACCAAGUUCUUUCAAAGUACGAGGACAGAGCUAUAUUAAGGAUAAGAAAAAAUGUCAUGCUCCAAACUGUGCCGCGUAUUAUCCAUUUGGUGCGGACCUCUUCGUAUCUCCAAGGAAAAUUCAUCAUAUUGCUCGGUUUGUGGAACUUCCUAUUGUCAAUACAUCUGAUGAAGUCCCUUCAAUCCUUGUUGUAAAUCUUCAGAUACCAUUGUAUCCUCCCACAAUUUUUGCAAGCGAAACUGAUGGAGAAGGAAUGAGUGUAGUUAUGUAUUUUAAGGUGUCCGAGAAUUACUCAAAAGAACUUCCUUCUAAUUUCCGAGACAGUAUCAAUAAGUUAAUUAAUGAUGAAGUGGAGAGAGUCAGAGGUUUCCCGGUUGAUACAAUUGCACCAUUUAGAGAAAGAUUAAAAAUAUUAGGGAGACUGGCGAAUGCAGAUGAACUUCAAUUAGGCUCUGCCGAAAAGAAGCUUUUGAAUGCAUACAAUGAAAAACCUGUUCUAUCACGUCCUCAACAUGAAUUCUAUAUGGGAGAAAACUACUUAGAGAUUGAUUUGGAUAUGCACAGAUUUGGCUACGUCCCUAGAAAAGGUUUCGAAUUAUUCCAAAACAGGUUGAAGCUCUGCGUCUUGGAUUUUGGCCUGACGAUACAGGGAAACAAGGCAGAGGAUUUGCCAGAGCAUGUACUAUGUUGCAUACGCUUGAAUGAACUCGACUACGCUAAACAUCAGCAAUUAGUUGAAAAGGCUACAAUACUUUAAACAUCUUCUAAACCAGCCAAAAUCUAAUUGAGACUCAAAUUCUUCUGUUACUUUUUCUUUUCCACUCAUAUUCUAUAACCUACCUUCUGGCGCGUUUGCCAGUUGAAAGAAAAACCUCACAGCCUCUAAUUUUGUAUUCGAAUGCCUUCAUUUACUUGUACAGUUUCCGACUUGAGUGCAGAACUGCAUUCCGUUGGAAAUGAAAUACAAGAAGACAAUGAUGUUCAAUAUCACGCUUUGAUUUGUGUCA